AUGGAGACUAUCACACAGUCAGAGGCCUAUGCGAUGCAGCUGCAGCUAUUGAUUGAGCCCAAAGACAACCUUCGAAAGCACGGUUUCAUAACACAGCUGCUUACGGACGAGGAGCUUCUCUUGAAGCGAAGAUGUCUAGGGUGCGGGAAAGCAAUGUCACAACUCAAAGGCAGAGAAAGGAUGGGUCCGGGCCAUUCGAUAGUAGCGCACGCAGCCAACAACGCUUUCAGUUCUUCUACAUCGAAUAUGGCACGCGCAUCUCGAACACCCACUUCCGAGCUGAGCGCGCUGAAGGAAAAGGCUGCUCCUGCUCUCCAGUUCAAUUGCAGGUUCCAUUCUGGUGACGUUAUUCAGAAGUACUGGACCUGUUGCGGUCAGCAUUGCACCGCCGACCCUUGCAGCGGCUCCGAUUUCCAUAAUCCGCGCGAUGAACCUCUUAUAGAACUCGCCCGACAUUACCAACUCCAUUUCACACCUGUCGUGGCUGCAUCAAGGGGACUCGGUAAGGGCCAGGAUAUCCGUGCAGCCGUCGCGCUGGAUUGUGAGAUGGGCACGGCGGAGUCUGGAGACACGGAGCUUAUCAAAGUCACGCUGAUAGAUUACUUCACGGGGGAGGUCCUCGUGAACAACAUCGUGGAGCCGGACGUACCGUUGCGACAUCUCAACACACGGUUCUCGGGCGUUACAUGGGGGCAGAUGCGUGCUGCACAGAGACAGCGAACGAGCUUGAAUGCUACCAUGGGAGCGCGACACGCAAUAUGGAGGUUCGUUGGGGCGCAGACUAUCGUUGUAGGGCAUGGAGUCAGCAACGAUUUGAGGUCGAUGAAGUGGAUCCAUGAGCAUGUCGUCGACUCGCUGGUCAUUGAACUCAACAUCAAGAAGCGUAGGGAAGAGAAAGAGAAAAAGGCAGAAGAGGAAGCGAUCGCGAAGGCAAAGGCUGACGGAACCUAUGUGGAGCCUGUGAAGGAGACCUUGGGUCCCGGUGACAGUGCAAAUGCAGCUGCAGGGCUGCCGGUGCAGAAGAAGAAGAAGAGGAAGGGAGGAGAUCUGUCGCUCAAGACCCUGGCCGAUAAGCGUUUAGGCCGGAAGAUCCAAUUAGGUGAAGGGACUACAGGCCAUGAUUCUCUGGAGGAUGCAAUUGCGGCGCGAGACUUGGUCCAUUGGCAUAUUAACAACCCGGCUACUGAUUAA